UAUGGUCUUUAUAUUUUAAGUUUUUCGGAUUUAUUUAAUUUUUAAAUUUUUAAAGUCUUAGAUUUCAUGAUUUUUUUUUAAUUUUUUUACAGGUUCCCCAGCCGAUGCUGGGAGAUUGUGAGAAUUGUUUGUUGAUGUCCAGCUCGUGCCAUUCGAUGUGGUCAAAUUCGAUGACCAUAAUCCGUUGCCGUUGUCCAGAGACCGCUUCUAUGAUUUUGGCCGAUUGCGACGUCGUCGUCGGCAUUAAACUAAAACCGGAUCAUCUCGAAAAAGGAAAUUUAACUCCGAUGUGCAGCAAGUACAAAACGCCGAAGGAAAAGGCGGUUUGGCAGAAUACUCCUGCGCGUCAUCCUACCGAGGACGAUCCUGACGCUCAAGAACAAAACGAAGAAACGGGAACGGGAACAGCUGGAUCGUAUACAACUGAUCGAGCCUCAUUUGGACCAGCUAUGGAUAUCACGUUCGACGGAUAGGAAGAAACAAGCCAUGAUCAACGUCCCGCUGGAAACUCUUGGUGGCAAGGAAAAGCUACUGGGAUUUUACAUAAACGGACUUUUCAUGCCCCGACGUGUGUCCCAAUCUGCCUCUGUGAAAUUGGUCUGCUAAAAGUAAGUAGUCUUCAGAUGUGUUCAAGUUUCAUCAAACUAAUCAUCUCUUUCCACAGGUCAGAAUCAAACUAAACUGUGACGCCAAGGAGAAACUUCCCACCUGCCGAUUGUCAAGGCGCCCGCCUUUUGCUCAAGUCUGACCGACCGUAAUUCUUUGAGCUGAAGCUGCGCCCGACGUCCGACCGCGCCGGAUGUACGUCAACUGAUUGGCUCUAAGUGCUGAUCCUAACGGCAGCGGGUAAGAUCCACAAGCUCAAAUUCUUUUGCACAAUCUCUAAUCUCUCUCCCAAUCCAACCAGCUCUGAUGCCUGAUGCACGUUCAUCAUGACCACGAACCACCUGCUUACGCUGCGCAAAUACAUUAGGGACGAAAUUAACCAAGAUUGUAAUCCACAUUACUCCUACAUCUUAGUGUGAAUUAAUUGUAGGUUCAAAAACGAAAAUAAAAGUA